CGCGUUUUAUCGCAGUAUCUCGCUAAGUACGAUCGGCCUAGAAUCACCAAGGGCGUCACGUAAUUUACGGAACUCUCUUCGCCUGGACAUCCUCAUGAAGAGGAUCAUCCUAAUUACAUGCAUAUUUCGCUGUCAGAAGUUCCAUAAAGUAAACUGCGCUGGCAACUUGGGGAAACUCGGGUCGAAGUAAUUGAAAACAUGGUGGUGUAUCGCUAAUCGGGCACGUGGGUUGGGGGGAAAUAAUAAAACCGACGUGGGGCACGUGUGCGAGAACGCAGUAUAGAAACGAUUUCUUGACGGAUCCUGUGGUAUUUAUUACAGAUCGGCCAACGGUGAAACAGGAUUGGAAGGUCGUCUUCGCGAGCCCGCCACGCCAAUUUCAAAAAUAGCAACCAAGGAUGGGCUACGAUACAGAAAUGGACAGCUGCGGCCGCUGUAUGAAGUACACACUCUUCGUCAUAAAUUUCAUCAUUUUCAUUGGCGGAAUAUGCAUCACGGGCCUGGCGAUUUGGGCACUGGUUGACAAAGUGAAUUAUGUGAGCGAACUGACCGGCAAUAAUCUACUUACCGGCACCGUCUACGUACUCCUCGUCGGCGGUAUCAUCGUCUCCAUAAUUGCGUUCUUCGGCUGCAUUGGUGCAUCGCGAGAAAUUAAAUGCAUGCUCCUUAUGUAUUUCAUAAUUGUAUUAUUGCUGUUCGUUAUUAUUUUGAUUGGUGGUGUAUUGGGCUACGUUUUCCGUGAAAAAUUUAUUGAAACUCUGCAGCAGCAAAUGCAAAACUCGAUGCAUCUUUACAGAGAGAAGAAAGAAAUUACAGAAGCUUGGGAUUUCGUUCAAUCCAAGCUUCAUUGUUGUGGUGUUCGAAGUUGGCAAGAUUGGUCUAGAUAUUUCAAUGAAGUACCAAUCAGCUGCUGCCGUGAAAUGACGGAUGGAAGGCCAAUAGCCUGCAAUCGAUAUCCGGACUCGAUCAACCAAUACAACGCUUAUCCCUGGGGCUGCGUCGAGGCCACACAGAACUUCAUGCAGAAGCACGCGGCUGUCCUCGGUGGUGCAGGUUUCGCCGUCGCCUUUCUUAUGCUUCUUGGAAUGAUUUUCUCCUGUGCACUAUUUAAAAUGAUACACUGAAGCAGCAAUAAAGAUAUCUGAGAUCAAAUUUAUCUAACGUCGAAAAUUGAAAUCAGGACUUACGAUGUAAUAUAAAAGUGAAAGCUCGCCUCCGUCCUAAAUAAGACAAAUUUCAAUAAAAUGAAGGAAUCCACAACUGAUGUUCUUUAAGGGAUAUUUUCUAAUAUGAAAAACCACAAUGACCAGCCAUCCAUAAAUGUUUAAUUUAGAGAUCCAAAAUAGAUCUCGUUUUUUACUAAUAAUAUUAAUUUAAUGCUAGAUUUAUGUAUAAUAUAAUAGUUUGCUAUAUUUUUAUAUUGCCGAGGCAUAAUUGUAUUAUCAUUUUUUACGUAUAAUUGCUACGGUGAAUUAUUACUAUCACAUUUGUGCAUGCGGCAAAAUAAAUAAAAUUUGUCUUAUCCCGGUUAUUCUGAUAUAUUGUAUUUGAUAGUACAAUUACAAAACAAUUGUUUCUUGAGUAAAACUAAUGUUCUUAAUACAUAAUGAUAAUCU